CUUACAGUAUAGCUCACUACAGUACAGUACACCGUGGGACAUUACAGUAUCCUGCAGUAGAGCCUAGUAUUCCAGCGUAUUACGGAGCCUGAUAUAAACACCGAACUGCCGCACAGCUGCCCGGGGCUCAGCACACUCCGGCACACUAGAGAGCACAGUGGAGCCGCUCUCUUCCUCAAUUUCACUUCUCGAAGCUGACGCCUUGAAACCUUGAGAGAGCAGGAGAGAGAGAGAGGGGAUAUCAAGGUUUCACCUUCGGCUAUUUAUUUUCCGGGACGUAAUCGAGAAAGGCACCGAGAGGGAGGUGAACCCACAGGAAUUUUGGCCGGGCAGGAAAACCGAGGCAGGCGGGAGCGGAGUGCGUCUUUCUCGGGCUGUGUCGCACUGUGCAGCGCGGUUAGCAGGAAAAAGCCUUCAGGCGCACUUUCACCGGCGCUCACGGCCGGGACAGAGCCGGGUUUAGAGCCGGGACAGAGCCUGCGGCGGCGCUACGGUUCCGGCCCCGGCGGGUUAGGGGCUCGGCGGCGAUGCGAGUCGGGCUGCGAGUCCAGCGCCUCCCCGAAGACGCCGAGGAUUCCGCCUCUUUCUCCGCUCUUCCGUCUUCUCCCGCCGGCGUAGGAAUCAGCCGGAUUCAACCCCGGUUCUGCCGGUGAUCUCCGGUACUGAAGUAGCGAACCGGGACUCUCGGAACAGCUUCCCCGCUCGGCCGUUUCCGCGACAGCUCGGGGUAGCUCGGAACACGCCCCAGCCCCCACCUGACCGGGUCGCGGCAGCGGGGCAGCUGUGACAGCUGGCUCGGUUCCUCCCGGCCCCAUGGGCGACUCGGGGGUUCGGGCCCGGCGGUGGCGGGCCCGCUGCCAGGACUACAGCAACGGUUCCGACCCGGAGCGGGAGAAGAUAUGGAUCGAGCUGUUCGAGCAGCUGGACCUGAACAAGGACGGGAGGAUCGACGUGCAGGAACUGCGUCAGGGGCUGGCGGCGAGGGGCAUGUCGCUGGGGCGCCACGCGGAGGAGGAGAUUGUCCGAGCGGGGGACACAAAUUUGGACGGCCUGCUGGAUUUCGAGGAGUUCACCCAUUACCUGCGGUCACACGAGAAGGAGCUGAGACUCAUGUUCCGCAGCCUGGACCGCAACAAUGAUGGUCAGAUCGACGUGGGUGAAAUCCAGCAGGCCCUGCACAACCUCGGGGUGGACGUCACCACGGAGCAGGCCCAGACCAUCCUGCAGGGGUCAGUCUUGCAUCACGGCAAAACAGCAGUGUGCAGUAUUGACACAGUGCAGUGUGGGCUGCGCAGGAUGAAGGUCCUGGGAGGUCUGCGCGGGAUGGUGCUGGAGGGAGGGGUCCUCUCGCUGUGGCGUGGAAACGGUAUCAAUGUGCUGAAGAUCGCCCCCGAGUCCGCCAUCAAGUUCAUGGCCUACGAACAGAUUAAGCGGGCGAUCCGGGGGAACGAGGGCUCAUUGAGAGUUCAGGAGAGAUUCAUCGCAGGGUCCCUGGCUGGAGCCACUGCUCAGACCAUCAUUUACCCCAUGGAGGUCCUGAAGACCCGUCUCACACUGCGGCGCACUGGGCAGUACUCGGGAGUGGCAGACUGUGCACGGCAGAUCCUACGCAGGGAGGGCCUGCGGGCGUUCUACAAGGGCUACCUGCCCAACAUGCUGGGGAUCAUCCCCUACGCAGGCAUUGACCUGGCAGUUCAGUGUGUCUGUAUGAACCCCUCUCUCUCCUCUCUCUCAGCCUCUGUGGAGGGGGGUCCCCAGCUGUCUAUGCUUGGCCAGUUCAGACACAUCGUGUCACGGGAGGGGGUCCUUGGUCUGUAUCGUGGCAUCGCGCCCAACUUCCUGAAGGUCAUCCCAGCUGUCAGCAUCAGCUAUGUGGUGUAUGAGAACACCAAGAUCGCUCUGGGGGGGGCAUCUUAGACUGGGGCUGGGUCAAGAGGAGGGAGGAAGUGGAGGGGGGGUACAGAGAGGGAGGGCUGGGGAGGGGGGUGGAGAGAGAUGGAGGAAGAGGAGGGUGUGUCCCAGGGAGGGGGUGCUCAGUUUGGCAUAUGCACACCCCUGAAGGUCCUGUCUUUGCCUGGGGACUGCAUGGCAUGCCUGUGUUUCCACUGUCAGUAUGGGGGUCACAGUGACAGUCUGGCUGUCAGUGUGGGUGUCACCAGGAGGCCACGCAGCCAGGUUCACACCUCUAAAUCUGAAUUCCUAACGUCACACUCCGGCCAUGGGCCAAGGCAUCCUGGGAUAGCGCUCUCGCAGACCGUGAGAGCGCCAUCAGUGACUCAGAUCCUGGGGCCUGUGUGCGUCUGUGUGUGCACGCGUGUGCUGUUUUAAUUGAAAUGUGAAAAACCUCUCCUUUUCUUUGUAUAUAUUAUGGGAGAAGGAGGCACUAAACUACAGUUCCCAGCAUGCUGCCCUCCUGCGGCAGCUCAGGGAUUGUCUAUGUAGCAGUGAGGUGGUUACGUCAGGUCAGGCCAGUCAUAUCUUUUUCCAUCCCAGAGGCGUCAUGGUUCCAGGUACGAGCCACUUUACCUGUUCAAAGCCUUCUGUUUUGAAUGUGAUUGGGUUUCUUAUAGUGAUUUGCUUGGUUUUAUUUAGGGAUACACCUCCAUGUAUGUUGUUAUUUCUGUAGAUCACAGUCUGUCGAGAGCUCUACACUCCUGCGGUAGUACUGCACUGACUGCGCAGACCUGUUCCUUGCCCGAUGUUGACUGCGCAAGCCUGGUGCUUCCACUGCACUGACUGCCCAGACCUGCUCCAUAUACUGUGCUGACUGCGCAAGCCUGUUGCUUUCACUGCACUGACUGUGCAGACCUGCUCCUGCCCUGUGUUGACUGCGCAAGCCUGCUGCUUCCACUGCACUGAUUGCGCAGACCUGCUCCAUAUACUGUGCUGACUGCGCAAGCCUGCUGCUUCCACUGCACUGACUGAGCAGACCUGCUCCUGCCCUGUGCUGACUGCGCGAGCCUGCUGCUUCCAUUGCACUGACUGUGCAGACCUGUUCCUUGCCCUGUGUUGACUGCGCAAGCCUGCUGCUUCCACUGCACUGACUGUGCAGACCUGUUCCUUGCCCUGUGCAGACUGCGCAAGCCUGCUGCUUCCACUGCACUGACUGCGCAGACCUGCUCCAUAUACUGUGCUGACUGCGCAAGCCUGCUGCUUCCACUGCACUGACUGCGCAGACCUGCUCCUUGCCCUGUGUUGACUGGGCAAGCCUGCUGCACUCCUUGUACUGCGCCGACUGCACAGGCAAGCUCGUACCUCUGCUCUCUGUGAGAGAAACCCUGGGGAGCUGUAGACAGUCAUACUGUACCAAACUAUGGUGUAAACGUGGCGACGACAGUGGGAGAGAAGGAGGGAUGAGAGACAAGGACAGAACUGUCUGUAUCUGCUGUAGAAAUCACCUCACUGCUCACUGCUGAUGAUUUUAAGCAACUGAUGGUUUAAGUUACUGAUGGUUCCUGUGUGGUAAAUCUGUAUAUGUGAUUGUAUACUGUAUAUAGUACGCUACGUAUAAAUACAUAUUUAAGGCACUAAG